AAACAGUGCGAGCCGGCCCCUCUUCCUUGCGGUACACGAUAUAUUCCCGCCAGAUCGGCACCAGUUUCCACACCUGUUGGAGCAAUUAUCGUGACAUCUUGGCUACUCCAUGGUGGAAGCUCGCAGUUCAGCAAUUUUCAGAGGAUGAGACGUAUGGUAUAGACCAACUGCCGAGUUGACUCGUAUCACGACCGCAAAUAUCGCAAGUUUGGAUAGCGUGGAUCGAUAACUCAAGAUUUCUCAAACUUGACUAAUAUUUCAGGUUGAAGGCACUUCUGAAGCACCAACACAAACAAAUGCGAAAAUCCUGAGGCUUUAAGUAGCUGUGAAACAACACCAAAUCCGGCUUCUUAAAACGGAUCAAGUCGACACAAGAGAUCACCAUGCCGUGGAAAAAGUUGAGUCGUAAUCCAGCCGCUGGAAGUGGUAAAAUUGCAUGGCCACGAGUUCAGAAACACGUCGAAGUUAAACAAAAGUUCUCAGCUGAAGAUGCUCGUCGAUUUGCCUUUAAGAAUCCAAAUAUCAACUUUUUUUUAAUCUGCCGUCAGAAAGCUGUACAACUCGGGUCCAAGAACUAUGAUCACAAGGCUGCGGUUUUCUUCACACUUCCAGAUGAGAUCGUACGGAAAUUACUUGAUAAUCACACUUUCUCCGAUCCUGCGAUUUUGCAUGAAGACUGUGAUUUGUACGUGAAGGCAGGAGUGAGUGUUGCUUACUACAAUUCCAACGAUUCGCGCAUGAAUCAAACCAUCUCCAUAGCCAGAGACUACGUCAUGAAGGAUGGAGGGGCUGCAAUUGAUGUGGUAAUUAUCUUCGCCGCCAAUCUGAUUCAUGAUCUUGUCGGGCGAAACAGCAAACGGAGCGCAGACAGGCUAAAACUCCUGGACGUUGAAGCAAAGCCUAACCAAACAAAGCCCAGCCAUAAGCUUGUCUGCGCUACAGAUGCCAUCAUCAAGGAUCUGGCUGACGCACAGAAGCUGCAAAAGAAGGGCAUCACAGUGCUGUUGUCCGUAUUGAACGAUCAUGAAUCCCAUAGUUGGUCCAGCUUCUCGGAUCCUGAAGACGCAGGUAACUUUGCAAAACAGUUGAAACACAUUGUUGAAAACUACAACUUGGAUGGGAUUGACAUCGAUGACGAAUGGGCAGAGGAGAAUACACCCAAAAUCCCCACCUCACUCGCGAUGGUCACGGCAAUGAUGCGCUUUCAAAUGCCGGACAAGAUCAUAUCCAAAGCAUUGUGGGCAAAGACAAGGGACAUAGAAUAUCUCAACAAAAAACACUCCUAUCACGGGAAGGAGAAUAAAAAGCAUUUCUUGGUAGACAAUUUGACCUACGGUUGGGAAAUGUCCUACGAUAUUCCAGAUGUGUUCGAUAUUGAGCGUCUUGAAGCCUAUUGUAAGGAGCCCGAUGGCAUGAAGAAGAAAAGUGUCUGUAAAGGAUUCGAAGGGGGGAAGCCAUAUAAGGACGCCGAUCUGCAUACGUAUUUUGACAAGCUGAAGAAAGAAGGUUACGGAGGGUUCAUGGUCUUUAGUUUUGAGAAAGAGUCUGGCCAAGAUUUGAUGAAAAAGUUGCUCAAGCUGUGGCAAGAUGAGGCAUAAGUGUGAUGUGACCUAGACAACUUUGUGGAGCUAAGGUGAAUAAGCAAGUAAUGAAGGACUUGUUGAGAAGAAGAUCGGCCGAGGGUGACGUAGUGAUUAGUGGUGGCAAAGGAGGGGUCAGUACGGCCAAAUUGGGGACGACAUUUGACGUUUCGGAUAGAAUGAGUUUGAGGAUUUUCAAUUGUUGAUGCAUGCAAUAUAGAUUGUUUGCAGUGUUAUAAACUGAUGGGUAUGUGGAUGGAUUAGAGUACAGAAAUAUGUGCAUUUAUGGUCAGCCAUGGUACAAGUACGUUGUACUCCAAAAUGUUACAACCCAAA